AUGAGUUUGCCUUUUGCGAACCCUCCUGCUUCCGUUAGUCAUUUCUACCCCAGCAUGGCCUUCAAAAUGUGCGUCCAACGUGAGCACGUUCACUUUGCCACGUCUUCUUACUUCGCCAAUGUCGAAGGAGAGGCUUCGCUCUGGUGGGAGAACGAGUGGGUCAACACGGGCGCCGUCGACGUCUACUCCGUCUUCGGCAGUGGCUACUCCUUCUUACCGGCCGUGGGCGCAUCUCCGGUCACAGAUGAAUUCUGCACGCGGGUGGCCAUAUAG